AUGGCAGGACUCGUCUCUUACGCUGAAUCUCUCGGAAGAGUAACAGGAAACUCGACAAGCAAACGCGAUGAGGCCAAAGGGUACCUCCCGAUCGACGACUAUGGUUUGAUCGGGAACCUUCGGACGUGCGCUCUAGUCAGUUUGGAUGGAAGUGUGGAUAUGAUGUGCUUUCCGGAGUUUGAUUCGCCCAGUAUCUUUUGUCGUAUGCUCGACUGCAAGAAAGGCGGUCAUUUCUCUAUCAUGCCAACCAUUGAGACCACGAGCAAGCAGCAGUACCUCCCUUCGAACGCUAUCCUCAGCACCAAGUUCCUCUCCGAGGAAGGUGUCGGUACGAUCACCGACUUCUUCCCUCGCCCCGAUCCCAAGUUCUCCAGUGCGCCUCUGUUCCCUUGGUUAAUCAGAAGAGCCGACUGUGUCCGUGGGGAGAUGACUUACCACAUGGAGUGUUUCCCGGCUUUUGACUAUGCGCGUGCGACACACGAGACAAAGAUCACAUGUGAUGGCGAAGAUCAUGAAAACCCAACAGUUUUGUUUUCUUCCAAGGACGCUAAGCUUGACCUUGAGCUUCUUUACGUCGUCGAGAACGGCGAGGCAGAGGAUAUGCCCAAGUUGGAGUUCAAGAUUGAGGAUCGGUCAAGCGUCGGCAUGAAGGGAGCUGGUGUUGUAGCUAAUUUUACUCUGAAGGAGGGACAGGCCGUUUCUUUCGUCUUCCGCUCGAAGCAGACCAUGCAAGAAAAGCUGACUUCGGAGUUUAUCGACAACCUCCAGAGAGCUACGACCGCCUACUGGUUCAAAUGGGUGACUCGUUCAAAGUACCGCGGCCGCUACGACCACCUCGUCACACGCUCCGCAAUCACCCUCAAACUCCUUACCUACGAACCAACCGGCGCAAUCGUGGCAGCCCCAACCUUCUCCCUCCCCGAAGAUUUCGGCGGCACCCGCAACUGGGAUUACCGCUACGUCUGGAUCCGCGACUCCUCUUUCGCAAUCUACGCCUUCCUCCGCCUUGGCUACGCCCAAGAAGCCGACGACUUCAUGCACUGGAUCGAAGAACGCCUGAAGAACCGUAAUCCUGACGGUUCGAUUAAUAUCAUGUACUCUAUCCGCGGUGAAUCCGAUCUUGAGGAGAUCGAGCUUGAUCACUUAGAGGGAUACCGUGGGAGUACGCCUGUUCGGAUUGGAAAUGGGGCGGCGGAUCAUUUGCAGUUGGAUAUUUAUGGUGAAUUGAUGGAUAGUAUUUACCUUUACAAUAAGUAUGGAAAGCCCGUUAGCUGGACGAUGUGGUGCUAUGUUCGGGAGCUGUGCAACUGGGUCUGCGACAACUGGCAGCGGGACGACAUGUCCAUCUGGGAAGUCAGAUCCAAAAAGCAACAGUUCACCUACUCCAAGAUCAUGCUCUGGGUCGCCCUCGACCGUGGUAUGCGCCUCGCGGAGAAACGCUCCCUCCCAUGUCCCGACUUUGACAAAUGGCGUCGUGUACGUGACACGAUCUACGAAGAGGUCAUGACAAAGGGAUGGAACGAGGAGAAACAGUGCUUCAUCCAAAGCUACCAAAGUCCGGAUACUGUUGAUUCUGCGGUGUUGAUCAUGCCGCUCGUGUUCUUCAUCUCCCCUUGCGAUCCGAGGUUUUUGAGCACGAUGAACCAGAUUCUUAAGCCCCCGGAGAAGGGAGGACUUACCUCCAACGGUCUCGUGUUCAGAUACAACCAUUUGGAAGCCGAAGACGGUGUCGGUGGGCGGGAGGGAAGUUUCUCGAUGUGCACGUUCUGGCUCGUCGAGGCUUUGAGUCGUGCUGGAAAGUACGAUAGCAAGCUCUUGGAGAAGUCGGUUGUUAUGUUUGAGGAUAUGGUCGGAUACUCCAAUCAUCUUGCGCUGUACUCUGAGGAAAUUGCUCGUUCGGGAGAGUCGCUUGGAAACUUCCCUCAGGCUUUCACGCACAUGGCUUGUAUUAGUACAGCCUUUAACCUUGACAGGACUCUGAAAUAG